AUGAGAUCCCAUAUGCUGAUGCUGCUCAUUUUGUUUGAAUCCUGCAGAAACCUGAAGGCAAAAUGCCCCUUGAAUCCAAUCCGGGAAGGAAUCAAAGCACAGAAUUAUUUCCAGACUGGCGACUUCCUCAUUGGCGGGAUAAUAAGUCCAAAUAUGUUUGGUCUGCAGCUUCCAUACAUCUUUUCGCAGCCCCCAUUAAGCAGGUUUAAACAAGAGUAAGUAAUUAUAUGCAGAAGGACGUCACGUUUUUCUACUGCACCCCAAGGGCUCCUGGUUACUAGGGAAAUAGUCUCCAUUUUAGGGGUGAGGACUCUGUGGUCUUUUAGAUGUUGCAGGACUGCAGCUCCCAUCACCCCGAUCACUGGCCAUGCUGGCAGGGGCUGAAGGGAACUUGAGUUUCGCAGCAGCUAGUGGGUUGCAUGUUCCCAGACGUGCUCUAUUUUUACCUUCUGUGCUGCUGUGUUGCUUGCUGAAGAACACAAGUGUAUAAAUGAACCUGAUCAGGCAUCAAAAUGAUUCACUGAAUGAUCACACCUGCAUUCAUGAGAUGAGUGGGACAUUGGAGAAAAUCCUACUUUGUGUUCUUGGUAUGCAGGUGUAUGGGAAAUAGCAUUUUUAAGCAUGUGGUUGUUCUUUACAGAUCACAUUAA